ACCUCUUCUUCCACUUUCAUUUCUGUGUGCCUGAAGUGUGAAGAAGGGUCCUCCCUCACCUUUCCUGGCAUUCGAUCCCAGGUGUUUGUGGUGAGCCUAUUGGAGAGCCCACCCGUGACUGAUGUGUCACAAGAAGGGAUGUGAUGCCAUGGCUGAGAGCUAAAAGAGAGCAAGGAGAAAACAACAGCAGCUCCAACCAGGGCAGCCUUCCUGAGAAGAUGCAACCAAUCCUGCUUCUGCUGGCCUUCCUCCUGCUGCCCAGGGCAGAUGCAGAGCAGGAAAUUGAAGUCCCUUCCUCCAGGCCACUCCCAACUCCAGGCUAUCCCAGGCUCCCAAAUGCCCAGGAGUUCUGGAGCCACCAAGCAGGUGCCCACCCAGAAGAUUCCAUGGGUGCACACAAGCAGACAGACUUUUCCUUCAGGGGAGAUCAUCGGCGGACAUGAGGCCAAGCCCCACUCCCGCCCCUACAUGGCUUAUCUUAUGAUCUGGGAUCAGAAGACUCUGAAGAGGUGCGGUGGCUUCCUGAUACGAGAGGACUUCGUGCUGACAGCUGCUCACUGUUGGGGAAGCUCCAUAAAUGUCACCUUGGGGGCCCACAAUAUCAAGGAACAGGAGCCGACCCAGCAGUUUAUCCCUGUGAAAAGACCCAUCCCCCAUCCAGCCUAUAAUCCUAAGAACUACUCCAACGACAUCAUGCUACUGCAGCUGGAGAGAAAGGCCAAGCGGACCAGAGCUGUGCAGCCCCUCAGGCUACCUAGCAACAAGGCCCAGGUGAAGCCAGGGCAGGUGUGCAGUGUGGCCGGCUGGGGGCAGACGGCCCCCCUGGGAAAACACUCACACACACUACAAGAGGUGAAGAUGACAGUGCAGGAAGAUCGAAAGUGCGAAUCUGACUUACGCCAUUAUUACGACAGUACCAUUGAGUUGUGCGUGGGGGACCCAGAGAUUAAAAAGACUUCCUUUAAGGGGGACUCUGGAGGCCCUCUUGUGUGUAACAAGGUGGCCCAGGGCAUUGUCUCCUAUGGACGAAACAAUGGCAUGCCUCCACGAGCCUGCACCAAAGUCUCAAGCUUUGUACACUGGAUAAAGAAAACCAUGAAACGCCACUAACUACAGGAAGCAAACUAAGCCCCCGCUGUGAUGAAACACCUUCUCUGGAGCCAAGCCAGAUUUACACUGGGAGAGGUGCCAGCAACUGAAUAAAUACCUCUUAGCUGAGUGGAAAA